CUAUCUUUCAACCCAAAUCAUCCCCUGAAAGCCUGCUGAGUGGUGGCAGGGUAGGAAAAGAUAAAUCUAUCUAUGCUGAAGUGUUCACUAUUUCUGUACACUUUAACACAGAUUCCACACACGCCGGACUCACAGCUCAAAAUCUCCUGUCAUGAACAAGAUCCGCUCGUUCCUCAGCAAAUCCUCCCUCUCAGCCUUCCAGAUCUUAUCCGACCUACACCUAGAGGUCGGCCAGCAAUACACAUCUUUCGUAAUUCCCCCGUCAGCUCCAUACCUCAUUCUUGCAGGUGAUAUUGGUCGUCUCAUUGACUACGACUCGUACCUGGCAUUCCUCGCCAAACAGGCUGCACAAUUCGAACAAGUUUUCCUCGUCCUUGGAAACCAUGAAUUCUACGGUCUCUCUUUCCUUGCAGGAUUAGAAAGGGCGCAAAAGCUAGAAAAUGAAGUAGUCUUGGAUGGAAAGUUAGUAUUGCUGCAUCAAAGGCGUUACAACACCCCAAACUCCGAGGUCACGAUUCUGGGCUGUACGCUCUGGUCCAGAGUACCUGAGAAUGCGAAAGAAGUGGUUCGUGGAAAGGUCAAGGACUUUGAAAAGAUUGAGGGAUGGACCGUGGACGAUCAUAAUGCUUCCCACGAGGCUGAUCUCACGUGGUUGCGCCAUCAAGCUCUAGAGAUUCAGCUGCAGAAUAAAUCGAGAGUGAAGGGUGAGCGGGGUAGGAAUAUACUUGUUGUCACGCACCAUGCGCCUUCGAUGCAAGAUACAUCCAGCCCGAGGAAUGUUAGCAACCCAUGGAGCUCUGCAUUUGCGACUGACUUGCUCGAGGACCCAAGUUGGGGUGAAGUGAAAGCGUGGGUGUUUGGACAUACUCAUUUCACGACACAAUUUGUGAGGAAUGGAAUCAAAAUUUUAAGUAACCAGAGGGGAUAUGUACUUCUUGGCAGUAGAGAAAGGGAAAGCGUGGAGAAGGAUGGAAUGAGGGUGUUUGAUGUGAGAAGGGUGGUACAUGUGUGAUGUUAAACCUAAGCCAAGUAUCGAUAUUCAAGACACGAAGCAUAUGCAGCUUCAUUUCCAUUACCUCCAUGCCCUUAGUGCGGUU